AUGGAAUCUAAGUUUUGCCCAAAAAUGACUGAUGAAAAGUAUGCUCUAGUUGAAAAAAUUGUCAAAGACGUGCACAAUGUUUUGUGUAAGACAGUGGAUUUGUAUUCAUUCGAUAUUAUACCUGUACAUACUAACUUAAGAAAUAAAUCUCCUGUUGUAUGCGUGGAGAACUGUCUGGGUCUGGAAUCGUGGUGUGUCAAGCAAGUGUACUUACAUUGUUAUUCAGAAUUAAUGGAAAACAUCUGCGCAAAAUCUCAAAGACAAUAUAAAAAGUCAUCUCUAUUGAAUUCAGAGAGUCUGGUGAAGUUAUUAAAUGUAACAUUACUAAUAAACCCUGAUUUAUGUGUGCUAUGGAAUAAGAGGAGAAAUAUGUUACAAGAAUCAUUAUUAGACAGCACAUUAGAAAUGAAAUUCACAAGUCUUGUUUUAUCAAGGAAACCAAAGUGUAAUGAUGCGUUUGCUUACAGAAGAUGGAUUUUGGAAACAUUUAUAUUAAGUAUGGUUCUACUGCAUAUAUUUGAAAUAUAA